AUUCUAAUCAAUUUGUAUCUUAUAAUACUACUUGGUCUAAUGAAGAUGAACUUGAAUUAGAUGAAUCAUCAAAUAAAUCAGAUACAAAUAUAUUAGAAAAUCUAUAUAGUUUAGACAUUGAAUUACUAGAUAA